AUGAGACUUUCCAAAAGUAUCAAGUCCUUAGCGCGGCGCUGGCCUCACCUCCACAAUCUGCUGUUUGAGGAUGUCCCGGAUACCCGAUUGGACAUAUUGAUCGGCAGUGAUGUACCCGGGGCGCAUUGGGUUUUGGACCAAAGGGUAGGAGGACGUAGAGAUCCGUACACUGUGCGCACGAUUUUCGAUUGGAUACUCUGCGGGCCGCUUGGUCAUGAUGGUAAUUACUCAGCCUUGAUCAACUUCAUCUCGCGGCCAGAUAAUCCCAUAGGAGACUACCUGGAGCGUCUUUACAACCACGAGUUUGGCGACAUAGCAGACGACCGGGUAUUUAUGUCGAGGGAAGACCGGGCAUACCUGGCUGUCGUCACCGAAACGGCACGACACAACGGAGCCCAGUUUGAAGUUCCGUCACCCUGGCGAACGGAAUCCAAUCGACUGCCCGAUAAUUGA